AUGCAUGAAAGUAUAGAUGACAUAUGUAAAGCUAUUGAUGAAAAUUUAUUGCGUAAUUUGGAGUUAAUGCAAGAAAAAAUUGAUGUCAAUGUACAAAUGGAAAAAAUAUUACGUGAUGGUUACAUUGAAUUAGCUAAGGCUAAGUACAUACGAGGCAAGGAAAGCAUAAGUGUUUUACAGGUUCCUAUUGAAGAUGAAAGAGUAGUCACACUCUUCGAAUUAGAGACAAAAUUAACUGAGGAAACUGGUAAAAUAGUCCCAAAUUUUGACAUAAGCUUGAAGAAGUCAGAUAAUAGAGAUGAGAUUCAAGAUCCUAUAAAAUGGUUUGGAGUAUUGGUUCCACAGAGUUUAAGAAUUGCACAAAAACGUUUUCAAGAAUCUCUUUAUCUUGUUGUGAGAGCAGCAAAUAUACAAGCAGAAAUUACUUCUGUAGUAGAUAAAUUACAAUCUUUAUACUUUUUAAAACACACUUCUUGCUCAACAAAUGACCCUAAAAAUUCUGAUUCUAGCAGCCCAGCACGCUCUGAUAGACAUACAGAGGCAAUGACAUCUCCUGCACCUGACAUAGAUGAACCAUUUGAGGAUGAAGCUGAUUUACUUGGUAAUGAUAAUGAUGUUAAUCAGGAAGAAGAAGAAGAAGAAGGAGAAGAAUUAUUUGGAGACAAUAUGGAAGCUGAUUAUCGUCCUAUGCCAGCAUUAGAUAGGUAUGAUCCAGAUGUAGUGGAUGAUGAAGAAUAUUCAGAAAUGUCUCAAGGAGAACGUGUAGCUGCUGAAACUGCUAUGCUUAAAAGAGACAGAGCAGCAGGAAUUAUUAGAGAUGAUAGAUAUUUACUCUAUGAUGAUUGAAUCAAUUGAGAAUUUAGAAGAUACAAAAGGUCAUUCAAUCAAAGAGUGGGUAUCUAUGUUAGGGCCAAAAACUGAAAUUUCCAAUCGUUUUAAAAGUUUUCUUCGUACACAUACUAAUUCAAAAGGACAAUAUAUGUAUAAAGAACGAAUUCGUCAUAUGUGUGAGAGUAACCAAUCUAGCUUUGUUGUGGAAUUUCCUAUUCUUGCUAGUAAAGAACAUGUUUUGGCUUAUUUCCUACCAGAAGCACCAUUUCAAAUGUUAGAAAUAUUUGAUGAAGUUGCAAAAGAAUUAGUAUUAAAUAUAUUUCCCAGCUAUGAAAGAGUUACUGGUGAAAUUCAUGUCAGAAUAUCAGAGCUACCAUUAAUAGAAGAAAUUCGCACGUUUAGGAAGUUACAUUUGAAUCAACUAGUACGUACUCUAGGAGUUGUCACUGCAACUACAGGAGUACUUCCACAAUUAUCUGUUGUAAAAUAUGAUUGUACAAAAUGUGGAUAUGUACUUGGUCCUUUUGUACAAAAUCAAAAUACCGAAGUUAAGCCGGGCUCAUGUCCUGAAUGUCAAAGCAUUGGACCUUUUAUGAUUAACAUGGAACAAACAAUAUACAGAAAUUACCAAAAAAUUACAAUUCAAGAAUCACCAGGUAAAAUUCCUGCAGGAAGAAUACCUAGAAGCAAAGAAUGUAUUCUUCUAUCAGAUCUCUGUGAUCGUUGUAAACCUGGAGAUGAAGUAGACGUUACUGCUAUUUAUACAAAUAAUUACGAUGGUUCUUUGAACACAGAGCAGGGUUUUCCUGUAUUUGCAACGGUUCUUCUUGCUAAUCAUUUAAUAGUGAAAGAUUCAAAGGAAAUUGUAGAAUCUUUAACUGAAGAAGAUAUUUCUUCUAUUAUUAGUUUAAGUAAAGAUCAUCAAAUUAUGGAUCGCAUUGUUGCAAGUAUUGCGCCUUCAAUUUAUAGCCAUGAAUACAUAAAAAGAGCUUUAGCUUUAGCGAUUUUUGGAGGAGAAUCAAAAAAUCCUGGUAACAAACAUAAAGUAAGAGGAGACAUUAAUGUAUUAUUAUGUGGAGAUCCAGGCACAGCUAAAUCUCAAUUCUUAAAAUAUAUUGAAAAAAUUGCACCAAGAUCAGUAUUUGCAACAGGUCAAGGAGCUUCAGCUGUGGGAUUGACUGCUUUUGUGCGAAGGUCACCAACUACACGAGAGUGGACAUUAGAAGCUGGUGCUUUGGUUCUUGCUGACCAAGGAAUUUGUCUUAUUGACGAAUUCGAUAAGAUGAAUGAUCAAGAUAGAACAUCUAUUCACGAAGCUAUGGAACAACAAAGUAUUUCUAUUUCAAAAGUGGGAAUAGUCACAUCACUUAAUGCUAGGUGUUCAGUAAUAGCUGCAUCCAAUCCCAUUGGAGGCAGAUAUGAUGCUAGUAUGACAUUUUCAGAAAACGUAGAUUUAUCAGAACCAAUUCUGUCUCGUUUUGAUAUUCUUUGUGUAGUAAAAGAUGAAAUAGAUCCUAUGCAAGACCGACAUUUGGCUAAAUUUGUUGUAAAUUCUCAUAUCAAACAUCAUCCAUCAAAUACAGGAAAAGUAACAUCAGUACAAGAAAAUACAAAUGAUAUAUCUAUUCCACAAGAUCUUUUAAAAAAAUAUAUAGUUUACGCGCGACAAAAUAUUCAUCCUAAGUUAACAAACAUUGAUCAAGAUAAAGUAGCAAAAUUAUACAGUCAAUUAAGACAAGAGAGUUUGGCUACUGGAAGUUUACCAAUUACUGUACGACAUAUAGAAAGCAUUAUACGUAUGGCUGAAGCAAGCGCUAAAAUACAUUUACGUGAUCAUGUUCAAGAAGGUGAUAUUAAUCUUGCCAUCAGAAUGAUGCUUGAUAGUUUUGUUGAUACACAGAAAUAUUCAGUAAUGAAAAGUAUGCGCCAGACAUUCCAGAAAUAUCUAUCAUAUAAAAAAGAUCACAGUGAACUUCUAUAUUAUAUACUUAGACAACUUACAUUAGAUACUUUAGCAUUUCAAAAAGCAAUACGUGGAAGUCGUAUUACAACGAUUGAAAUUUCAGAAAAAGAUUUAUUGGAUCGAGCUAAACAAAUCGAUAUAUACAAUCUCCAUUCAUUUUAUGAAAGUGACAUUUUCAAAUCAAAUAAUUUCCUUUAUGAUUCAAAGAGAAAAGUAAUAAUACAAACGCUUCCUGAAGGAAUUGAUGACUAAUCAAACACUGAAAUAAUAAGAAUACAAUCGUAAUUUUAUUUACAGCAUAUUAUCAUAUAAACAUAAAUUUUUCACAACGAAUUAUAUUACGAAUAGUUCAAUAAAAAAUUAUUUUUAUCAAUUCCUUAAUAUUUAUAUUUUACGCUUUUGAUUUUGUAACAAAUACUCCUUAAUUUAUGAAAAAGUUAUUAGUACAAAAUUACGAUCUCUUUCACUUAUAAAUACCAGAUAUAACUAGGAGGGUAUAAUAGAAAUAAUAAAAUUCCUAUUAUAAGCCGUGUUAUAUAAAUUAUUUAAAAUAUAUUUAAAAGAUAUGUUACAGAUAAGUACUUUAGUUAUCUUAAUUUUUUACAACAAAAUUAUUAUACAUAUUUUUAUUAAUAUGCAUGAAUCGAUAAAGUAUUUCACAAAUAUUUAAAAAAUGAUUAUGUCAUAAGGUUUUUUUUAUUUUUUAUCUAGAAUUAUUUAGUUAGGAUGUCUUUUUUGAAAAUAGAAAAUUGUUAGAAUGAUUGCUACUUUUACUACUGCUACUACUGCUGCUACUACUGCUACUACUACUGCUACCGCUGCUACUACUAGAAACACUAUCAGUAGAAUCUGAUUCACUGUCUGAAGAUGAGCUACUACUACUGCUAUCAUUACUACUACUGGAACUGCUGCUAUCAGUGCUGGAACUACUAGAUUUUCCUUUCAUUUUUUUUUGUAAACGACUCUUCUUUACUUCUUUCUUCUGUUCUUCACUUUUACAAUAUUACCCAUUAGAUUCUUGUUGCUUUUGCAAAGCUCUCUUCAACUGUGUUGUACGCGAAGAUCUAUGUAAAUAUUUUCGUUUCCCUUUACAUUCAUAACUCCAAUGUCCCAUUUCUAGACAUUUUUGACAUCGUACUUUUUGUGGACAAGAAUUGCUGCUUUUCUUUAAUACUUUUAGCCCGUUUGAACUCAUGUUAUAUUUAUUUUCAUACUUUAUAAUAUUUAAUUCGUUAAUAGUUCAUAUCCGAUCACAAAUAUGAUUUAAAUGUUUGUUUACAUGCGAAAUAGGUUACUUCACUGGACAAGCUUCCAACACGCCAUAAGCGUAAUUGCUUUUGAAGGUACACGAUAGGUUAUUUGAAAAUGCUUUAAUAGAAACCACCAAUCAGACGUUGUAUAUGGUACCAUGGAUUGAAAGGAAAAGAAAA